AUGCAGUUACCGCCGCCUCCCGCCAGAGAUAAAUCCCGUCCGUCUCCAAACAAGUCCUCAGCGACAUCGUCAUCGGCCACCCAGGCAUCUCCAAUGAUUACGUCUUCUGCUCCGAAAGAGGCUUCGACACCUAUCUCCAGGGGACAGAUUCAUGUAAAGCUUAUCCAGGCCAGAGGUCUUAAUGUUCGGUCAAUGGCUGCCCAGCCCUAUGUCGUCGUCCAAUUUGAACAGAACGAAUUUGUUUCCCGCAAUCCGACCGAUGAAACCGACAAGGAGGUCAAGGGCACCGCGACUAAUUUAUCUUUAUCUCGGCCAUCGUCAUCCAAUGCCAUCAAUGCUCUGGCUGCUGUAGAUGCCGCUGUGAAACGGAGAAGCCGCGGAAGCAGCGGGAGCAAGGAUAACUCGCCUGUAUCUAGUGUUGGUUCAAAAACGUCUGCUCUAAAUGGUGGCCUCUUCGGAAGGCUUUCUGCUCAUAAUCCAGUUUGGAAACAUGAGGUAUCCUUCGAUGUCACCAACUCGAACUCUCUGAUUACUUUCAAUGUAUACGACCGUGCUGUAGAAGACCAGGGAUUCCUGGGCACACUUCAGAUCAAGCCGAUUCUAGUUCAUGAUCAUACUGUCGAUCAGUGGUACAAACUCAAGCCAUUUGAAAACGACACCAAUGAGCCUGUCACUGGAGAAAUGCGUGUCCAGAUUACGUUUGAGCAAUACAAGACCAAACGUGCCCUCACCCCGCGCGAUUUUGAAUUUCUCAAGCUCAUAGGUAGGGGCACUUUCGGCAAAGUGUUCCAAGUGCGAAAACGCGACACAAAACGAAUUUACGCUAUGAAGGUGCUUUCCAAAAAGGAAAUUGUGGCGAAAAAGGAAGUCGCACACACUAUUGGAGAACGACAAAUUCUUCAGCGGUCGUUAGAGUCGCCAUUCCUUGUGGGCUUGAAGUUCAGUUUUCAGACGGAGCAUGACCUCUAUCUGGUUACCGACUUCAAGAGCGGAGGAGAGUUAUUCUGGCAUUUACAAAGGGAAACGAGGUUUUCGGAGGAACGAGCAAGAUUUUAUGUGGCCGAGUUGAUCCUGGCACUGGAACAUCUGCACAAAUACGACAUAGUUUAUCGAGACCUCAAGCCAGAGAAUAUCCUUCUCGAUGCAACAGGCCAUGUCGCACUUUGCGACUUUGGCUUAUCGAAAGCCAAUUUACGUGCAGACGAGUUGACGACGACAUUUUGUGGCACAACAGAGUACCUCGCACCCGAGAUACUCUUAGACGAGCACGGAUAUUCUAAGAUAGUCGACUUUUGGAGCUUGGGAGUGCUUCUAUUUGAGAUGUGUUGUGGAUGGAGUCCAUUCUACGCAGAGGAUACGCAGCAGAUGUAUAAGAACAUUUGUUUUGGGAAGAUCAGGUUUCCUAAAGGUGUUAUAAAUGAGGAUGGGAAACAGUUCGUCAAGGAACUCCUAAACAGGAAUCCCAAAAAACGCCUGGGCGCUACCCGUGAUGCUGCAGAGUUGAAAGAACAUCCAUUCUUCAAAUCGAUUGAUUUUAACCUCCUUGCGCAAAAGAAGGUUACUCCUCCGUUCAAGCCUGUCGUCGAGUCAGACGAGUCCACGUCGAACUUUGAUCCUGAGUUCACGGAGAAGAGCAUUGCCGAUGUCGGUCUUAACGAGGAUGAUUACGCCGACUUCGCUGAGGACGAUCCCUCAGAAAGUUGGGUCUCUCAAAGCCUCGGUGCAAGUAGCUUUCUUCCUGGAGGUCAUGUGCACAACGGACCUCUUGGAAGCGAGAAGACAGGGAAGACGCCGCCGAUGACGCCUAUAUCACCGAUGACAACAAAACAGCGACAACCCGCGGGUACGCCACUGACCAACAGUGUGCAGGAAAACUUUCGUGGAUUCACAUACAGCGGUGGAGAAUCGGUGUCGUCGCAUGCGGAUAUAUUCGCAUCUCGGAAGGUCGAAGACGACGAUAAUGAUGAGGAUUAUGUGGAUGUGGAUGAGGAACCCGAAGGCGGAACGGAGGACGAGUUUGAGGAUUUUGGGAAGAGCGCAGGGAGAUAUGCCAAUUUGAGGAAGAAGGGGAUGGGAUUUACUGACUUGGAUGACAUGAGUUAA